AUGGAAGAAAAAGGGCAAGUUAGCACUGAGCCCCAGAAGGCGGCUGUGGAGAGCCUCUCAAAGCUUCACGCUGAUCAAACUAAAGAGCGACAGACUGAUGACCACAUCAAUGUCAACCCGCAAUUAUUCGAGGUGCAAGGCGAGCCUGAAGCGAUUGGCAACACUUCCGAUGCGGCUUCCGACCCGCAAGCCUUGUUGCAAGAUGAGACCUAUCCGGAGGGUGGCCUAGAGGCGUGGCUCGUGGUUUUCGGCGCAUGGUGCGGACUUGUGAGCUCCCUGGGAGUCAUGAAUACCAUUGCCGUCCUCCAGACAUACAAUGCAGAACACCAACUAUCGGACUAUAAUGAAGGUACCAUAGGCUGGAUAUACUCGAUAUACACAUUUCUGGCUUUUGGAGGUGGCGUCUAUAUUGGACCAUUGUUUGACAAGUAUGGUCCUAGAUGGCUCAUCAUACCUGGAGGCCUGGGGAGCGUUGCUAGUCUGAUGCUUAUGAGCAUUUGCACUCAGUAUUGGCACUUUGUCCUCGUCUUCUCUCUGCUUAAUGGCAUCUGUACCUCGCUCGUCUUCACUCCAUGUUUUACAGCUGUCGGCCACUUCUUCAAAGCCAGGCGUGGGCUGGCUACUGGCAUCGCGAGUUCAGGCGGCGGCGUCGGCGGUGUGAUCUUCCCCCUCAUCUUGCAGCGCCUCUUUGAUCGUCUGGGCUGGGCGUGGGGACUUCGGAUUGUUGGUUUCAUCUGCCUCUUUCUCUCGGCCAUAUGCAACCUGCUCGUCCAUCGGCGACUGCCCGCCGCCCGCAAUUCGAGCAUUCACCCCGACUUCAAGAUCUUCAAGGACAAGGCUUUUCUGUUCACCACGAUUGGCGUAUUCAUGCUCGAGUUUGCCCUCUUCAUUCCUAUUGCCUAUAUCUCGUCCUAUGCGCUGUACGCCGGCUUCGACCAGGGUAUCAGCUUCUACAUUCUGACAAUCCUGAACGCGUCCUCGGUAGUUGGACGGCUAUUGCCGGGCUACUGGGCCGACCGGAUCGGUCCCUUCAAUAGCAACAUGAUAUCCGUUUUCAUCACCAUUGUGGCCUCGCUCGGCAUCUGGCUGCCUGCCGGCAAGACUCUGCCCGGCCUGGUGAUUUUCGCCAUUCUAUUUGGCUUUGGCACCGGCAGUAAUAUUUCCAUCACGCCCGUGUGCGUUGGGCAGCUGUGCCAUACCCAGCAGUACGGCCGCUAUUAUGCCACUUGCUACACCAUCGCUAGUUUUGCAUGCCUCAUUGGUAUCCCCAUUGGCGGCAGCCUUGUCACGGCCUGUGGUGGUAGCUACUGGGGUGUCAUAAUCUUUACUGGACUCAUUGAGGUGCUGAGUUUGAUUAGCUUUCAAAUUGCCAAGGGAUCCUGCGUCGGAUGGAAUCCUUGGGUCAAGUUUUGA